AUGAAUAACAAAAUCUUCUCUUUUUAAAACACAAAUACAUUGGCUUAAGCAUUAACCAAUAAAAUACAUGAAUUAGAGUAUUAAUCAAAAAAAGGUACCAAAUAUCCUUUUGGAAAUAAUGAAGACUUUGUUGGGAUUGGGUAAAUGAUUUUAGAGUUUUUUUUCUCUGAUUACUUGAUUUAAAGAGGGUGGGUAUUAAUGUAAUUAAACAUAGUUAUCCAAAUAAAGAUAGUUAAAUAAAAAAGUCAAGUGAUCUUGUGUUGUUGAGACAAAGACUAUUGAGUGAAAGGAAUUUAGCUGAUAUAGCAAUAAUGUAUAAGAUUGAUAAUAUCGUUCAAGUAGGUAACUAAAUCAGCUUAAAGUAAAAAAUAAAUUAUAUAUUAGAAAAAACCCUAAAAUACUUGCAGAAACUCUUAAAUCAAUAAUUGCUGCUUAGUAUUAUGAUUCUGGAUUCGAUUUAGAUCAUUUAAGAGAAGUUGUAUAGCCAAUACUAAAAUAAGUUUUGGAUAAGUAUAUAAUUCAACUAAUACAACUAGAGGAUAAGGUGUCCCUAUAAUUGAGCUUAAAUAAAAUCCGAAAUCGGCAUUUUUAGAAUUUGUUAAUGGGUGUACCAAUUUAAAACCAAAAGUUUCUGUUGAAUGGAAAAAGGAUACUACUUAAAAUGGAAACCCAAUUAAUGUAUAUUAAGUUUAAUUGGAAUUGAAUAAUAUAUUAUCAAUUACAAGAAUGGGAAUUAAUAAGAGAAACACAGAAUAAAUAGUAUACAGAGAAGCAUUAUAAAAGCUUAAAUAGAUUUAAUAAAAAUAAUUACAUUCAUAAGAAUAGUAAAAUUAACAAACUCAACCAUUAAAAAUUAAAACUUAAGAUAAAGAAUCCAUUUAAGAAAUUACUAUUUUAGAUGAAUUAGAUACUUCUGUAAUGGAAUAAAGUUAAUUUUACUCAUUAUCUGAUUUAAAAGAUGAUGAUUUAAAUUUAUUAGAAAAUUAAAGAACAUUAGGUUAAAAAGUAGAAUCCCUAUUGGAAUAGUUUGCUUUAUGA